AAAAAAGGUUCCGAGGUGGGAAACCAGGGACGCGUGUCACUCUCAAGAGUCUUCUUCUCCUAUAACUCAUCAACCACAACCAAACCUCUAACUACCAAAAGCCAGACAAUUCAAAAUUCCUGAAGAAAAUAACGUCGUUUCACUCUACUGAAGCAUUCUCUCAUUCUGAAACAAUGCCUUUGUUCGAUGAAUCUUCUAUUCAUGCUUACAAGCUCCUCUUUAAUGCUUUCUCUCAAAUCCCUACCUCGCAUUAUCUCUUCUCUCUUCUAAUUCUAUCACUCGCUUUCCUUUACAACUUCUUGGAAUUCCACUUCUUUCAAGAUCUCUUCUCCGGAUUUCGUGGGUCCUCCGUUGGCUUGACCUUCAAUUCCUCUUGCUCCCUCUACUACGACGUCGUUUCCAAGUGUAAAAUUCUCCAUGGAAGGUAUCUGGCAACUUCCUGGCUUUCAAGUCCUCAUAUUCAGACUACUUUCUUGCAUUUCUUUGGGAGGCCUCCAAGUUUCAAUUACAGAAGACAACUAUUUCAUUUACCUGAUGGUGGAAUGAUUGCUUUGGAUUGGCUAUUAAGUUCUGAUGCUUCAGGAGGUGCUUUUCAUGUGAACAAUGCUAUUUCUAAGGAGGAUACAACCCCUAUUGUUGUUGUGAUUCCUGGCUUAACAAGCGAUUCUGAUUCUGCUUAUAUAAAGCAUCUUGCCUUUACUACAGCAACACGUGGAUGGAACGUUGUUGUCACCAACCACCGAGGAUUGGGUGGUGUUUCAGUUACUUCAGAUUGCUUUUAUAAUGCUGGAUGGACAGAGGAUACACGGGAAGUCGUUGGUUAUCUGCAUCAAGAGUAUCCUAAGGCUCCUUUAUUUGCUGUUGGAACCAGCAUUGGUGCAAACAUUCUGGUAAAAUAUCUUGGAGAGGAUGGAGAGAGGACACCUCUAGCUGGGGCUGUAGCUAUUUGCUCACCGUGGGACCUUUUGAUUGGUGACAGAUUUAUAUGCCGUAGGCUGUUGCAAAAACUUUAUGACAGAGCUCUUGCUAUCGGCCUUCAAGGCUAUGCCCAAUUACAUGAACCUCGCUAUUCUCGCCUUGCAAAUUGGGAAGGCAUAAAAAAGUCACGUUCUAUUCGUGAUUUUGACAAUCAUGCUACCUGCCUUGUUGGGAAAUUUGAGACUGUGGAUACAUACUACAGACGAUGUAGCAGUUCUACUUAUGUUGGAAAUGUGGCUGUACCACUACUCUGUAUCAGUGCUCUUGAUGAUCCGGUCUGCACUCGAGAAGCCAUUCCUUGGGAUGAAUGCAGGGCAAACAAAAAUGUUGUUUUGGCUACAACCCAGCAUGGAGGACAUCUGGCGUUCUUUGAAGGAAUAUCUGCUGCUACUGUGUGGUGGGUAAGGGCUUCUGAUGAAUUUCUUUGUGUUUUACACUCUAGUCCAUUAAUGCAUCUGCAAAAGAAGGAAUCAGGCCAUGUUCAUACAACAUUAGAAACCUCAAUAGAUCAAGGUCCUUAUGUAAAUGUCUCAGAAGACGGAAUGGUGGCUGCACUAGGCAAUGAACAAACAAGAAAUAGCACUCUGGGAAACUUGCCUGAGUUCCAGAACAUUGAUCAUAAAAUGGAUAACGAAAUGGUUCCAGAUGCCACGCACGUUAAGCAGGUCGCAGAAACCAAAUCCGAUAGUGUUACCAACAAGGGUCAAACCUGUGAACCACCUACAAAUAUUCUGGAUGUCAAAUUUCCAGAUGUAGUUGCUGCUGUUACAAGACACUUAAACUAUCUUUCACGGCAGAAUAGAAGAUCAAUAUGGUUACUUGCUUACGUUGCUAUUAUAACCACUUGGCCAGUGCUAGGGUCAGCUCUCAAAAUCAUCUUUAAAGGGAAGCACAAAAAUGUACCUGCCAUAUUUGCAAGGUAAUCUAUGCUUGCAAACAUUGUGUAUUUUAUACAUGUAUUGUUUAUGAAUAGGCAAUAGCCAUGCUAUGUGUAAGUCAAUGAAACAUUGCAAGUCGAUCAAUGAUGUUGCUUGAUUCCUGUAUUAAAUCCUGGUAUGGUAGAACAUCUAUUUUUUAGGCAUGAUUGUUAUCUUAAUUUGCCAAAAUCUAAUUUGGUCC